AUGUCAAGAGAAAGGGGGAGAUUUGAAGAGAUAGGGAAGAAGAUCAAAAGAGAAGCAGAUGCUUGGCCUUAUCAGAUGGCAGGAAUUAGAAGACCAAUGUCGGGUCCUCCCGGGACCCUCAAUACCAUUACUCCUUGUGCGGCUUGCAAGCUUUUGCGCCGUAGAUGCGCUCAAGAAUGUCCCUUUUCGCCGUAUUUCUCCCCACAUGAGCCUCAUAAGUUUGCAUCUGUCCACAAAGUCUUUGGAGCUAGUAACGUCUCCAAGAUGCUAAUGGAAGUACCGGAAGGCCAAAGAGCCGACGCGGCGAAUAGCCUCGUGUAUGAAGCAAACGUGAGGCUAAGAGAUCCAGUAUACGGAUGCAUGGGAGCAAUAUCAGCUCUUCAACAACAAGUCCAAGCAUUACAAGCCGAGCUUACAGCCGUACGAUCCGAAAUUCUCAAGUACAAACAAAGAGAAGUUGUGGCAACUUUGAUCGUACCUUCCACCUCCCAAGUCGUCGGAUUUCACAAUUCCAGCGGCGCCUCCCACAAGAGGCUUAGAAUACGGUGA